UUCAUCGACAAACGAUUCAAGCAAUAUUUAUCAAAACAUGGAAUCCGUCACAACGUCGCUACUCCCUAUCAUCCUCAGACAAGUGGCCAAGCAGAGACUUCCAACAAACAAAUCAAGAAUAUUCUUCAGAAGACAGUUAAUGAAAUGGGAACGGCGUGGAAAGACAAGUUACCCGAUGCACUCUGGGCAUACCGGACAGCAUACAAGACCCCAAUUGGAAUGUCUCCAUACCAAUUGGUGUACGGGAAGACUUGCCAUCUACCUGUUGAACUAGAGUUCAAAGCACACUGGGCCAUAAAGAGAUGGAAUAUGGACCUAGACGUUGCUGGAGAUUAUAGAAGAAUGCAACUAUCAGAAUUGGAAGAAUGGCGAGAGAAGGCAUAUCACAACUCAAAGAUCUACAAAGGAAGAGUCAAAAGGUGGCAUGACAAGAGAAUCAAGAAGAAGGAGUUCACACCCAGAGAUAAGGUAUUACUUUUUAAUUCCAAGGUGAAGCUUUUCGGGCAUGGAAAACUCCGGAGCAAAUGGGAAGGA